UUAAAGGGAGAUAACUCUAAAUUACCAUACUUUCUGUUCAUGCCACGAUGAGACCUGAUGAACAUAAAAAGAAAAAGAACACCCAGUAUAAAAAGAAACAUGGAAUUAAAACAGGAAAUAAUGACGCAGAAGAAACUCAGUCGGGUGACAGAAAACGGAAUGUCAACAGUCGAAGGGGAGGCAAGACUGCAGACGGACGAACGCGUCAAAUAGCCGCACCGUCCGGAUUUCGAUCAGGACAAAGUUUAGGCCAAGCAUCAGGGAACAAAUAUGAUUCCUCUGAUUCUGACACUGAGUCAAGUGAUCAAAGAGCCCCUGUGUUUGAGCAGCGGAAAUUCAGCCGGCGACAGAUUGUCAGUAACUGGGACAAGUACGAUCUACCAGACCAUGGGGAGGAAACGGCUUCAUCUCGGGGGGAGGACUUCAGCAAGCUGCUGUCUUCAGCUGGUGAUGCUUUUGCCCAGUUUCGAUUUAAAGAUGAAAGGGAUUGGGAAGGUGGACCCUCCCCUGCUGUUGAUAACAGUCAAAUUGUCUCCCUUGAUUGUCCAAGUUUAGCCACAGCUAUUGACUGUAUACCACUGUACAAGAGACUCGGAGUAGACAAGGAAUCUUUUACAGAAAAUCAGAUAAUUCUUCAGGAUCUAGAAGCAAAGAAAAACCUUGAUUUGUACAACUGCUCACCAGGGCUGCCAUCAUCAAGUGAUGCAGAAAAGUCUAAUUGUACGUCAGUGUCAACAGCAGUGCACGAGACAGGUGGUUCUGACCACAAGCAGAAGCCUAAAGGGGAGAUAACUCUUACAGGCUUAGUGAAACCAACAAACUCUGUGCUGGACUUUCGGAAACCAACUACAACUUUGUGUAAGGAAGGUGAACAAAGAACUGUGGGUGUAGAAACUGUGAAAGUGGAAACUGAAGAUAAAGCUACCCUGGAUGAAGAUUUAGACUUCCUGUUGUCCCUGGAUACCCCUAGCAACAAGACGCAGGCUGCAGUUUCAUUAGUUGAAGAUAAGACUGGUACAGCUGAUCCCGUGACGGGUGCGCCAACCAAACCCAUCUCAAGUACCAAAAUAAUUCCGCCUGCUGCCAAGUCAGAUGGUGUUAAGGAGGAAGAGCUAGAGGAUUGGCUGGACAGUGUCCUUGGUGACUGACUCAGAUGAGAUGUGAAUAAUGUUACUGGGAAAGGGAGUUGGUGAGGGGCUUGUGUUACCCUGCCAUUUUUGGUUCCUUUUUGCUGAACUUCUUGCCCUGUUUGUGCCUGAACCCAGGUUAGACCGGGUCUACCGAAACGGGGUAUGAAUCGACCACAUGGAUGGGGUAGUCAGGCUCGGUGAUUUAGUGGACUGUGUGUCAUCAUUAUAAUCACCGGAUUGUCUGGGCGUUUACAAGCUGCUUUAUAGCUGGAAUGAGAGUGGCAUUAUCCAACAAACACGCAGAAAUCUUACAGUUGCCAGCAUAUGAUAAUAGUGUGGAAGAUUCCAGGAUUCUUCCUGAUCACGAUUCUUGUUUUUUCUGCAGUUAGAUUUGGGAUUCACUUAGUGGAUUACUGCUUAAUUACUGCAAUUUCAGGAUUUCCCCACACAUUCUGUGAUGUAAAUGAAAUACUGCUGAUAGCAGCGUAAGACCAAACUCCUGUGUUGUGAAUCUGAAGUACCGGCUGAUAGCAGCGUAAGACCAAACUCCUGUGUUGGGAAUCUGAAGUACCGGCUGCAAUGCUCAUCACAUUAGUUCUGUUAUGUUGAACGUGCUGAAUAUAUGUCAGCUGAUCAGUUAUUGUGCUGUAUGGAAAUAAAUGCAUGCAUAUGUAUAUGCUUUGUAUUAAAGGAGAUGAAGGAA